CACCGCGCAGGAUGCUGGGGGUCUCCAAACGGCGUUGUCGAGAUCCCCAGCCCAUCCUGACUGUUGGUACUAUGGCUUCCAUCAAUGACUUACCCAAUAAUAUUCUUCUGGAGCUGUUCUCCAUGGUGCCAGCCCGGGAGCUCCUGCUGCAUUGUCGGCCAGUCUGCAGCCUGUGGCGAGACCUCAUCGACCUGGUGUCCCUGUGGAAGCUGAAGUGCCAGCGUGAGGGCUUCAUUCCCAAGACGUGGGGCCAGCCUGUAUCUGACUGGAAGAUUUUCUACUUCCUCUGCAGCCUCCAGAGGAACCUAAUCCGAAAUCCCUGUGCUGAAGAAGGCUUUGAGUUUUGGACCCUGGAUGUGAACGGAGGAGAUGAGUGGAAAGUGGAAGACUUGCCGGGGGACCACGGGAGGGUGUUUCCCAACUCUCACGUCAAGAAAUACUUUGUCACAUCUUAUUACACCUGCCUCAAGUCUCAAUUGGUGGACCUGAAAGCUGAAGGAUAUUGGGAAGAGCUAAUGGACCGGACCAGGCCAGACAUUGUGGUCAAGGAUUGGUUUGCUGCCAGACAAGACUGUGGCUGCAAGUAUCAGGUCUGUGUACAGCUCCUGUCUUCAGGGCAUGUGCCUCUGGGCACCUUCCAACCAGAUCCUGUUGCCAUCCAGCAGUGGAGUGAUGCCAAGUGGAGAGAGGUCUCCCACACAUUCUCCAACUACCCACCUGGUGUUCGCUAUAUCUGGUUUCAGCAUGGAGGAGUGGACACACACUACUGGGCAGGCUGGUAUGGGCCCCGUGUCACCAACAGUAGCAUCACCAUUGGUCCUGAGCUGACCUGAGUCAACCCGCAGCCCUCUACUGCUGUACCCUGACCUACUGGUGAGUCAACUUCAUGAGGCUGUCCCUCAGUCUGGGCCUUUGAGGGGAGGCAGCUGGGCACCGGGUAUUCCUUCCAGCUCAGUGUUCCUGUUUCAGUGACCUUGGGCAAGACAUUUCCAUUCUCUAUGCCUCAAUUUCCACAUUUAUAAAAUGCUAAGGUCCUGUCCAGCUCUGACUAUCUGUUUUCUAAGGGCUCUCCUAGCUCGAAGGUCUCUGGUUUGAACAUUUUAUGUCCUGAAGUUUCUGUAGGCUCUAACAUUGUGUUCCAAGGCCCAUCCCAGCUCUGACAUUCUCUAUGCUAAGGGUCCUCCCAGUUCUGACAUCAGGUUUUAAAGCUCCUCCCACCUCUGACCUUCUGUGUCCUAAGGACCCUUCUAGCUCUGACAUCCUCUCUUCUAAGGCCCCUUCCAACUUUGUUAUUUUAUGUUUUCAAGCCCCAUCCUGUUUUCUGUGCUAGGAUUUCUUCCAGCUCUAACAUUCUGUGUCCUCAGGUCCCGCUUAGCUGUAACAUUGUAUCUUCAAAGUCUCUCCCAGCUCCAAC